UGGCCCCUCCCCCUACGCGUCCCCCCCCCAUUUCUCUCUGCUCAUCCCCCCCCCCACAGCGCCCCUUCCUCCUGCCUGUCCAAGGUUGGGGCCCAGGGCCCGCAGAAGACCCCUGUAGGAGCCCCCUUGCCAAAGGCCACCCCCCACUGCAAAGACUGUGCCCCCCCACACCCAGCUGUCACUGCCAACCAAGGCACGUAUGACCGCUGGGGCCCCACAUGGGGCCUUGUCACCACCCCACCCCCUCCUUUCCUGGCCCCUCUUCCCAGAUUCUAAUCCCCCCACUUCCUCACUCACCUCUCCCACUGAUGGAACCCACUGCCAGACCCCGACCCAGGCUCCUGCCAGUUUGGGAGUGCUGUGGGGUCUGCCUCCACCCCGGAGGGACCUUGGCCACUUAGUGACCACACCCCUCCCCCCUCCAGCCCCCGCCAUCUUUCUCCUGCCCUUCCCCUUUUCACCUUAUCACAGCCCCCCUCCAAACCCACGCUGCCCCCCUUAAGCAUUUCCCAGAGCCUCCUCCAGCAUUGUUUUUCCCUUCUGUGUCACUUGGCAUGGGGGACAGGAUCUUUCUGGGUCCCUCUGCCCCUCUCUCAUCCUGUCACUCUGUCACUCUGCCUCUCUGCCUGUGUUCCCUCCUCCAAGCAAACGUCUGUCCCUGGCUGAGGUAGCAGACUGUUUAUGAACCUAGAGAACUGCUUCAGUGCUUCCAAAGCCAAGUUUGAGCCCGUCUUGCUGGGAUUCAUUGCAUCUUCUUUCCUGGGUUUGGGGGGGCGGGGUGCAGCAGAGCUCCUUCCCAUCUCCUGCUAUGCAGUGAGCUCUAGGCUUCUUGGAGUGCCCCUAAACAAAUGGUUGUUUUACAACUGAGGCUCCGUCAUUCACCCAGUCCCCAGGGCUUCUUCACCCUCUCCUGGCCCAGGAUGAAAAGUGGGGUAUGAAGUGUCUGGGUUUAGCAGGGCUCAUUCAGCUUGAGCUGGGAUGGUGAGAAAGGGGACUUGAAGCAUGACAGUUGGGGAGAGUAGUGACUGACAUCUAAUGACUUGCUUUGCCAAGGGACAAAUAGAUUCUGAUCAUUCCCAGGGCUCAGCCAGAGAGAGGCCUGUUUCCCCCUCAGCCCCCAAAUUAUGUUGGUGUUGGCCUUUUCCAGCCAGAGAGAUUCUGUAUCUGGAAAUGCCUUCAGAAAUGACCUCAAGCCCCUUCCUCAGUUCCCCCGGGUCUUAAAUUGUCAUCACUCCAGACCUAUAGCUGGAGCUUAGCUAGGAUCCCCUUCCAGUUACCCAGAAAUAGAGCUCCAAAUACGCCCUUUCCAGUUUCUGAUCUCAGACCCCAGCAUCUGAGUCCUUUGAAUACCCUGUCCCAGAAAGAUACAGGCAUGAAACCCAGGGAACUUUAUUCCCAUACAGAUUCAAAUGGCAGAACUCAGAAUCACCAAGCAGCCAUGGGAAGGCCUGACAUGUCACCAAUGGGCGGGGGACAGGGAGGCAAGUGCCUGUAGCUGAGCACUUGAUGACAGAGGAGCAGGUGGGUAGUGACCAAAAAAGGUCUGGGCAUGAGCUUGGAGGGGACUAGGCAGAGGGGGAGGGGCUGGGGCCCCCAGCAGGUGAGGCCGGCUGGGAGGUGGAAGGUGGAGGCAAGUAGCUAUAUAUUGCAGUAGCUCAGCUGAAAGUUGGGGAGAUGACAUCGUCCUGGAAAACUUUCAAGGCAUAUCAAACACAUGCAGAGUGGGGCGGAAAGCCGCACAGGGAAAAGGAUCCCCGAGAAAAAGAUCAGAGAGGCUCUGGAAGGAACCGCUAAUUCUCCCAGAACACAGGCCAGACACCCAGAAGUGGACUACCACAGUGAAACAGAGCUACUGUUUAUUGGGCAUCUAGGAUGUGCCAGGCUAAAUGGUCUCCAUAGAUCUAUCUGCUGGAGUGAUUUUCAUAACAGGGUUUUCUCCGAAUUUUCCAAACACGCUGUCUGAGUUUGACAUGGACUAUGUCAAAGAGGCAGGAUUCACAUCCAGAUCCACUUACCAGCCAAUUUCCUAGACCCCAGAAUUUCCUGACCCAGACAUUCUUUCUUAAGCUGCCUCCUGGAUUUUUACUCUAUUCACUUAUAUUUUCUUAAUUUAAAAUAAUAAAGUUGUGACCCACUUUUGUUCAGAUGUAAAGUUUGAUCUGUCCUGAGCAAUAAUAUAAAUGAAAUCAGGAGAUUGGUAUGCUAGUCAUAUUCUCUCUGAUACACAUUAAAAUACAAUGUAACUGGAAAAGUGUAACAUCCCUAAAAUCAUUUUAUGCCCUGCCAGUGAGACCUAUGUCACACUUUGGGAGAUGCCCCAAGCUGUACAUCCUUCCAGAGGCUUACAGGGGCUCUUAGAAAAGGAAAUAGGAUGAGAGAGGAAGCCCCUUUUUGCCUUGAAGCUCUGAGUCCAAAAGGAUGAAAUAAGACAAAAUCUGCCGUCUUGUAACCAGGGUGCAGUGGGGGUGGGGGCGGGGGCAGUAGCCAGGCCAGCCUGCAGGGGGCACCUGAAUUUCAUCUGCCAGCUUUCAGCCUGACCUGGGUCAGGAAAACGCCCAAGCCAUAGUAGACACCAGUCAGGCAUCCUGCAGCCCCCUGUACCCCUGUCUCCAUGGCAGGACACAGUGUCAGCUUCCUCCAGGAGGGCAGGGAUCGAGAACAAGCCCUGGUGGGGUGGGGUGGGAGAAAUCUUAACCCAAAGAUGCCAAAGCCAUUGGCAGGGGCCCGGAGAAGAUGCUAAGAGAACAUAUAAAAAAGACCAAGCCCUGGGCUCUGAGCAAGCUGGAGAACCGAGAGAAGGCCUCCCAAGAGGCCUGGGGACGGGCGGCCAAGUGGAGCUCAGGCCUUGGCUGGCACUGGCCGAAGGCACCUCUGGGAGCUGGCCCACAGAAGGGGCGGGGCUGGUGAAAGGGAGCCCCCAGAUACCCCUCCAGGUCCCAGGGACAAGCAGAUCCAGGCUCUGUGAGAAGUGCCCCCAAGAGGUCCCUGGAUAGGAAGGAUGGAGGCCCUCUAACAUCCUACAGAAGCCUGAGAGCAGCAAGCACCUUCUGUGCAUUGGCAGUUGUAUGGGUGCCCAAGAGGGUCCUGCCAAGGCAGCUUUUCCCUUAGCCCAGUCAGGCCUACAGAAGCUUGAGGGUCCUAUCUGUCCCUUCCCUGUACCCGUUGGUCCCUAAGUUGGCUUCUCUUCCUGCCACCACCCCACAACUCCCUGCCUCCCCCUAUAGAUGGAGUCUUGGGGAUGGGCAGCCAAGCUGGUACAGCAGGUCUCAUGAACCUUCCCAGCCACCGUAGUCUUGGUGCCCUGAGAGGAAGACUGAGUGAUGGCUUCCAACCCCAACGAUGGUGAGGAUGAGCCCUGUUGCUAUAGCAACUUCCCAGGCACUCUCUGCCCCUCAAGCCAGGGAAGGGCUACAGUGGAGUUUCAGGAACAGGUGGAGAGGAAGAGUCUGUAGACCCCUGGCUAGCCCUGGAAACCUCUCCCUGACUAACAACCCUGAGCUCGGGGGCCUGGGGAAAAGCAGAGGUAUGGGUGGCCCCAUUCAGACAAGGGGGGGGCGUUCCACCCAGAGCGGGGGUCCAGCCCAGUUUUAGUAUAUGUGCCGCCAAAGCGAGCACAGGGGGUCCAGCUCAGACCAAGGCGGUGGGGUGGUCCAGCCCAGUGUUGUGUUAAGCUCAGAAUGGGGGUUGGUUCAGCUCAGUGGUGGAGUCCAGAUCAUAAUGGAUGAUGGUUCAGUACAGAAUGGGUGUCCAUCCGGCUGGGGAGCGAUCCAGUCCACAAUAGGGGUCCCAUCCAUCCGUGUCCCAGACAAACAGGUUUCAGAGGGCUGAGUGUGCUGAGAUUGUUGUCUGGGGUGUCCAAGGCUGGGCUCCUGCCUCCUGCUGUGGCCCUGGCUUUUUGAGGGGUGUCUGGGGUUCUCUCUGUUAGCCCAAAUCGAAUCCAGACCAGAGUGGAGGCUGGCAACCACCCCUCCAUCCCUCGGGGGAGACAUGGCAGGGGGGCGGGUUUCAUAAGCCAGCAGCUGGCUGGGUUUCCCUUCUAUGCCACUUCCUGUUGUCAGCAGGGGCCACGGGUGCUGGGCACUUUCAGAGAAGCUGCCACUGACCCUCCACUUUAUUUGGGAUGUGGAAAGAAGGAGGAAGAUGGUCGAGGCUGCCUUCCCCUCCCCCACCCCUAGGUUUAGCCUUUCGUUUCCGGUUGGACUUUCAUGGCUGAAAGCAGAGCCAAGCACAGGGCAAGGUUUGACAGAGGCCAAGGACAUCCUGCGAUGUUAGUCCCCUCUCUGCCCCCACAUAGGAGCAAGACAAAUCCAGAUAUACCCAUUUUUCUCUUGGGGUAACAGGAUUUGGGGCCUCCAGGUUCAAAGAGGACUUAGGGGAGGAGAUAGGGUGGCUCUUGCGCCCGUCCCCACCACUUCUUUCUCUCCAUCUGCUCUUUCAGUUAAUUAACGGGGCUCUGGGGCCUCUUUGGCCCCAGGGAGCCCCUAGCUGCUGCCUGGGUCUGAACCUUAACUCCUUCCCCUCUGCCCAGUGGGCACUGCCCUGGGCACAUUCGGUGCCAUCCUCUGAGUAGUUCAGCACCCACUGAGGACGGCAGGACCUGGCAUCUUGGGAGCAGUGAAGUCCCUGGAACAGGAAGUUAGCUUUAGCACUCCACCCCUGGGGCAGCCAGGCCAGCCAGAAGGGACACCCUCAGGAGAAUCUUCCCACUGCCUUCUGCUAAGGAGGGCCUUCACAAACCUUGGCCAGCCGGGAGCAGGUACCUUUAAAUGCUUCCCUGGCAACCGGCUCCUCCUCCCUGGUCCCCUGAGGCCCUUCAGAGGAAGCCAGCUCAGAGGCCUUGCGUGUUCCUGGUUUCCCUGCAAAGGGAGGAUUCCAGGGAGGGCUCAGGGCAGCCUGGGAUGGAUGUGGGGUCAGGCAGUGGCCAGGGCAGUGACUCAGAGACCACCUUCCAGCUGUGGCUGCAGCUGCUUCUCUGGGCCCACCUGACUCUCCGUUUCCUGGGCUACCUGCACCACACCUUCUGGGCGCGUAAGCCACAGCCAGCACCCUGAGCCUCCCUGGCCGGGGUAGAUGGGUCCCACAUCACCCUAUCCCUCUCCACCCCUCAUUGCACCCUCUGCUGGAAGACAUAGGAAGCAGAGUGAAAGAGUUCUUAGCCAAAGCCAAAGAAGAUUUUCUUAAAAAAUGGGAAAAUCCUGCUCAG